AUGCAGAUUCACGGGAUAUAUUCUAACGACAAGCGACGAGGCCUCGGAAUCUUACUAAAAGCCAAGGAGUAUCUACGUUGUAUAAAGGCUGUCAAAUAUAAAUGUGACAACCGGGGUAUCAAGGCAGCAGAAGCGAGUGACUACUAUCGUGCUGUCCUUAAGGCAUAUUUCUACGAAAACAAAGACUGGUGGACAUGGAAUCAACACGAGGAUCUUCUAUUGGCAUUCCCUCCCGAGUGCGACGAUUUUGCAGUGACUUUUAUGGAGACCAUGGCGACGGGCGAAGCUAAGAUGCACCAGCUCAGACAUACCAAGGCCGCCCUCAGAAAAUUGUACGAGAUCAAGAAUAUGCAGAACCGGGGGUUGCAGUUUUUUGUCAAGCACAAAGCAUAUAAGACUUGCUGCAAUUUGUUGACGUCCAUGCCAUUAGCUAAGCGGUGUAACUCUGAACCGGAGCUACUGGAUGUCUUACGCUUAUCUCAGAGCCGAUUGGGUGAGAGACUUUACAAGAAACACGAUAACAUUAAACCUAAUCCUAAAGUCAAAACGCUGUGGAAGUAUAUUGAACGCAUGUGCUGGCUUCGCCUGAGUGUGCUUGAAAACACAAUGCCGUCAUUCAAAUUAUAUCGAGACUACGUGUUGGAAACCUGGCUGAACGACACCCACCCUGAUUGGGAGAGUUGGCUAGCCGAAAAGCAAUUUGUGUCACCUCAAAAUUUAGGAGUGAACGUGAGAAGUAUCAUCCUGGAAAACACGUUGCAGUUGGUCUGUGUAUAUGCCGUUUUGGCAGCCAUCGAGCCAAUUAAAUCAAAUCAUCUCCAAAGCAACCGGACGGGACCGGUACUGAACAAAAUAGUUCAAAAGACUGAAGCUUUGCAAGACAUUCACAGGUGUGGGGUACCAAAACUUGGAGCCGAUUCACCCUUGCUCGUACGAGUGGACGAGGCACUUGCGUUCCUGCAGCGAAACAAGUACAAACAGGCGGACAUAUUAAGCAGUCUGCUCAUUGGCUGA